AUGUCGCUGUUUGGAACAUCUCCGGAGGAUCCCUCCGCUGUGUCCUCGACCCAAAAGUCCAAGGCUUCCCUGUUUGCCGACGAGCCAGCCGGUGGUUCCUCGUCCCUCUUCGCCGAUGACACCGGUGAUGACAGCUCCUCCUGGAACAUCCAGAACAACACUGCGAAACGAACCGCUCGCCGCGAUCUUGUCCGAACGCUUCUUCCUGCUACCGAUGUCCCAGAAAGCUAUGUGGACGCUUACGACCUGAUCCUGAAUAGCGGCGAUAGGGUCGGCUCGGGCGUCGGCCUGUCCUCGAUUCGGGAGAUCCUGUCUAGCAGUAACCUUACCGCGUCUGACCAGGGCAAGAUUCUUAAUCUGGUUGUAUCUGGUGAUAAUGAGACUUCGGGUGGUCUUGGACGUGCCGAGUUCAAUGUACUACUAGCGUUGAUUGGCCUCGCGCAAGAGGGUGAAGACUUGUCCUUCGAUGCAGUCGAUGACCACCGCAAGAGUAAGUCCUUUGCCUCACACAGAAACAGUGGCUUUCUAGUCGAGCUCUGUCUUAUUAUUCCCUGCCCAUGCGAUCGUCACGUUCUAACGCAUAUUUCUACAGAGCUACCUCAACCCCACAGCGGCUUCCUUGACCGAUUGCGAUCCCCGAGCCAUGAUACAUCCGAUGGCCCCGCGAACGAGCGACCAACCACUCCCCCUCCCCAGCCUUCACCUCUACAAGAACCCAACUCCGCGCGAUCUCGACAGUCAAGGCGAGAGUCACUCGGCGGGCUGGAAUCGGAUCCCUGGGCAAGCCCGGAGCUACAUCGGAAUCACGCUCACGCCACAGUCACUUCCGCAGUGACCUCCGAGCAGCGUAUAAUUAAUGGAUAUGGUAGCAUGCGAUCUACAACAAAUGCAUGGACCAGCAAGCCGGUGGAGGAGCCUGCCCAAUUGGGCCUAUCGCAAGAACCGACUAGCGUUCCGCCCGAACCGGUAGAGCCGAGUAGCUCUGGCUCUGGCUGGGGUGGCAACUUUGGUGCACCAGGACCAUCUGGUGACGAUGCUCCUUUUCCGAGCGCAUCACGUCCGGCGCUGGGUGGCUUUGGUCCUCCAGCCGACGAUCCUAUUGAGCCUGCACCGCGACGACGGUCUUUGGGAAUUGCCCGAACUACAAACCCCAAUGUCGAGGAGACUGUCACCAUCACUCUCCUCCCAGAGAAGGAGGGGAUGUUUAUGUUCCAACACAGAAACUACGAGGUCAAAUCGGCUAGACGAGGAAGCACAGUCGUACUGACUUUGUUUGGCUACUCGAUUGCCUGCAGAAACGAUUUCCCUUUCGUCAAUUGCCUCUUCUCCCCCCCCAAGCGCGUCUCAGUUAAUGGCACUCACCUUUCAGCGGAUUCGAGCUCUUUCCUUGAGAAGCGUCGCCGUGGACUCAUCAGAUUUACCAAUUCCCUCGUUCGCCAUCCUAUCCUCGGCCAAGAGCAACUCGUUGUGAUGUUCUUGACAGUUCCCACCGAACUUUCUGUUUGGCGAAAGCAAGCCACCAUUUCUGUCCAAGAUGAAUUCGUCGGUCGGGCGCUGCCUCCAGAUCUCGAGGACUCCCUGCCGCCUACUCUCGACGAAACCUUUGAUACUGUCCGAAGCGGCGUCAAGCGAUCGGCCGAAGUCUAUAUCAACCUGUGUACCCUACUUGAGCGAUUGGCCAAGCGCAACGAUGGUUUGGCUGCUGAUCAUCUGCGGUUCUCACUUGCCCUGCAGUCUCUGACCGAGGUCACCAAGGAUACUUACUCAGUGGAGACCAAUGAUAUACCUUCCCUAAACAUGGGAAUCACAGCAACGGCUCGCCAUCUCUCGGUGAGUCAGAGUUUGCUGGAAGACGAAGCACGGGCCUGGUCCGCGGGGGUUCUUGAAGAUCUCAAGAGACAGCGGGACUGUCUCGUCAGCGUUCGUGAGAUGUUUGACCGACGUGAUCGGUAUGCACGGAACAAUAUCCCUCAACUGGAGCGACGCAUCGAGACCAAUGAGCGUAAGCUCCAGGAACUGCGAAGCCGGCCCGCUGGCACUGUAAAGCCAGGGGAGAUUGAAAAGGUGGAGGAUGCGAUCUUCAAGGACAAGGAGUCGAUCGUGGAGCAGCAUGCCCGUGGAGUAUUUAUCAAGGAGUGUAUUCGCGACGAGCUUCUUCACUUCCAACAAAGCCAGUAUCACAUCAGUCGGCUGCACCAAGACUGGAGCCAGGAGCGGGUGAAAUAUUCCGAGCUGCAGGCGGAGAACUGGCGUCGUCUGAGUGAUGAGGUCGAAAGCAUGCCGACAGGUGAAUAG